CAAGGACCGACUACCACAAAUCCUGAGGAACGGCGAAGAGAACGGUCGGAAGGUAGUCAGCUGUUCCUUCGAGACUCUUAGUGCCUUGGCUGUGGCUGAGAGUGGUGUGUGGUUGGACGGAGUAUACUAGCUUUCGUUGGACUUGCUGUCAAGUCGAUAUGCGAGAAUCGAGGCCUGACAAGGUUGACCCACCGAUAUACGAACUCAGGCCUCCCGAGUGGCUGCCGAAAGUUUCUACCAGUGCUGAUCUAGGGUACAUUGGGUUUCAUCCACCCCAUCCGGGACAGCCAGAGGAUGUUCUGUCGCAGUCAAAUAUCCAGAAUGGUUUCAGUGUUGGGCAUACCGUCUCAGCGGAGACGUUCACGUCUGUGGAAGCGGUCAAUCAGCACCUGAAGGGAGAGGUCCUGACGGAGCUGGAUGAUUUCAUGAAUCAGGUCUUCGCCAGACGUGCUGAGAGCGUACCAGCUAUUCCCCCCUCCUCCUUCCGAUUACCUUCUCGCGUCACGCUUAAUGAUGCCAAACGUCACGCAUGGUUCGAGGAUCUCGCCAACCCGGAUGUCCCUCUUCAGAAGCUGGGUAAGAGUGUGCCACACGGCGCCAAAGGCGGCGAUCUCCUCGACCUUCUCCAGGCCAAGAACGUUGCAAUCCCCCGAGCGGUUUGGUUCCUACGCGUCUUCGGUGCAAAUGAGACGGCAGGCCUUAGGAACAAGCCAUCGUAUAAUCCCACCCAAUACAGCGUCGAGUGGGCGAACGUCGUCACCGCGCAUCUGAAGAAGCAGCUGUCGGAAAUCGCUCUACCCGUAGCUGUCCGAGCUGGUAUGAAUGUCAAGCAGACCUUCAAAGGUGUGCUAUCGGAUCCCGCAUCUCGCGAACGCUGGAUGUCCCGCUUUUCCUACUGCCUCGAUUUGCUGCGAACAUUCUAUGCCGAAGGUCUGGUUGAUAAUCGCACAUUUCUAUCGUGGUUGGUGCAGCAAAUGGCUAGCUGCAACCUUGCCCAGGCAGGCUUCGUCGCCCGACUGGCGGACGAAUAUCUGGAUGGGAUGCUUGUCAGUCGAGCUUUGACGCGACCUUUCGUCGACGCAUGUCUGAACAAGCUCGCCGAGAUCAAGAACACUGCUGUGCAAGAUGCCCUACCGAACCUCGAGUCAUCUCUGACGAGCAUUUUACAGCGAGUAUGUUUGGGUCUUCCUGACGCAUUUGUGAGCCCACGCACAUGGGCCACUCAUGCGGACCUCAUAUCUGCCGUCCUCCGUCACAAAAUCGGUUCUCUCACUUCUCAGGCAGUGCAGCAAGAUCUCGAGGACAACAUUACCGACAUCACACGCCGUAACGAGGCACUACUCCUCCGCAGUCUGCCACCUCGUGCACUCGCGGACCUCAGCUCGGCGGUGCGCGACGUUCAGCUCCUCAACUCCCUCUCCACGAUCGACGCGCUUGACCGCGCACCCUUCUUCGACGCACACAGCGAGGACGUGGCAUUCUUCUCUCGUAAGCUUGACCUGCUUCUUUCGUGGUGCGUCACGCCUCUGCAGUACGGGGACCAUAGGACGUACGCAGCGAUGUCCCUGUUAUCGCACUGGCGCAACCAAGCACAAGAGUGUGCGUGGCGGAGAAAUGUUCCUCCGAAUGCGGGACCGGCGCAAGUGCUCCAGGACUUGCUGUUCGAUUGGCUGGAUGACUCGGAGGUUGCAGGAGACCCGGAGAACUUGCGCGCGAUUGCUUGGUUGUAUGGCGGCUUGGCAAAGCACGAUUUGUUCUCUUAUGCGGAGUACUUGCAAAGACUUGUUUCGCGUGGGGAGCAGGGUUUGUCUGAUCCUGAAAAGCCGUCUAGGCAUCGCAGGUUUCUGAGGUGGAUACCACUGCAGAAGAGUACUCCUGCGCUCGUGAACCAAAGGAAAGUGAUCUUAUACGGGGUACGUGCCCGAGAGACCCCGGAGGAUGCUGUCGAGAAGCAGCUGCGGAAGGAAGUCCGGGCGUUGCUCCCGGAAUUGUUUGACGGGAUGAUCCAAAGCAACCCUGUUUCGCUUUCGUCCAUCGCAGCGAUUUGUCCUUUGUUGAUUAAUGCAUGCCGGUUCGAGCAGAUCAGGACGGUGGGGCAGUGGUUCCUUCCUGUCUUAAGGAAGUACAUAAUGCGCCACUCUGGCGAUCAGACGGAUUCCUUCGCGAUAGCGAGUGUGUACUGUACAACGAUAACACUGUUGGAGCUCGUGAAAUGCUACGAGUCUAUUCUGGAGAUGAGCCUCCUGGCCCUACAGCACGUUACGACGAGUGAGAUGCUCACUGCAGUGCUAGAGACCUUGCGCCGUCACUUGAAAGUGUGGAUUUGCAUGGACGCCACAGGAUCGAUAACCUCUGCUCUGUACGAGGCUCAUCAAUACUGGCGACACCAGGGAAUACAAACACGAGCGUUACUAGAUCUGCUAACUGAAAUGGACGCUGGGAGGCAUCUUGAUCAAGCCUCGAGAGAUCAACUUGAAGCGGACGUAGCGAGUCUUGCUACUGCUCUUUGCCCGCACAGCGACCAUCGGGAUAGCGUACCCGCUGUACUGCCUGAGAUACUUUUGCUUGCCCAAGAUCUCACGCAGGAUGCUCCGUCACGGCUUGCCAACAGUCUAUGGUAUAAAUACAGAACGGCACCCGACUGGGCCUGGAAGGUCUGGGACAAUACUGUGGCGAGCCUGCGCCAGAUCCCGAUGAUGAGCUCUGAUCCCAGUAGCCGACACAUUUGCGCUCUGCGGUAUGGGUCUUUCCUGCUUCAUGUCGAUCAACAUCUGCCCCGGGGAUUCGACGAGCAAGUUUUAGAGUGGUGCCUUGGAUCAGGGAAGAACGAAGUUGCUGCGUUAACCUCGGACUCCUGGCCUAUAGUGACCAUCGUGUUGUUGUUCUUGGCGGUUCAGGGUGCUCUCACGAUUACUACCAUUUUGCAAGGCUUCGUCUAUCCCGCGUGGCAAUCGGGUGCGAAUUGUGGAUCCCCCGAACAGGGCGUUGCGGUUCAGGUGUUCCUCUGCGCGGCCAACGACCUGUUCGAGCGCUUGCUCCUUGCUAGUGAUUGCAACCUCGACGACUUCCCACCCUCCGAUCUGCUUCAGCUCCAGCGCCUUUUUACCCGACGUCUUGAUGUUUAUGGCGAGAAACACUUCCCUCCUUUGGUAGCUAUGAUUCCCAACUUGGUCUUCAUCGAAGAGAGCGAGUUCCACCACGACGAUAUCCGCAGUGCUAGUAGAAUGAUCAGAGAAAAGCUUUGCAGACGAAGUGACUUCAGGCAGGGCGCCUAUAGGAACCUCGACACCGUCCGUGUGGCCAUCGAGCGCACCCUUGAAUCCGAGACUAUCUCACCGCGAUUACACAAACCGCUGGUGAAUGCUCUACGACUCAUACUGAGUGAUAGCGGAUCAGACGAAUUAGGACUGCACCAGUGGCAAGCUGUGUCCUCGCUGUUCAGCCCGUGGAAAUUGGCAGCGACGGCCAUCGAGAUGAAGUUCGUGCUGAGAGGUAUAGCGGAAGGCAUGUCGAAGGAUGAAACACGGCGGGAAGCGAGUGCUAAUCUGGACAAGCUAACUGCUCAGCUGCUUCACCACUCCAUGACCUCGGAGCAAGUCGAUUUUGUGGCUGACAUGGCGCGCGGUGUCGGCCACGCGGUCGCUGGAAAGUUUGUCAACAAUGGCCUCAAGUGUAUUGCGGAGCUGAUUGGCGGCGUCCCUCAAGACAUGGAGUCGCAAAAAUUGCGGGAUUUUAAAACUCGGACGGGGGAGCUGCUCCGCCUACUCGUGCAAGUCCUGGAUCGGUGCUCUGAAGAGCGCCACGCGGCUCCCCAGCUCGACGCGCUGAUCCAGGAACAGUUGUUCAAUGGCAUCUGCGUUAAGCUCGAGGCAGCUGAGGUCGCCCUGAAAUCUAGCACUUUUGAGGAGUCAUCAGAUAUCCCGGGGUUCAUCAUUGAGCUUGCAAGACUACUACAGUUUGAUAUGAGGUGCGAGAAUAUUUGGACGCCGCCGACUAAGGAGCUUCUUCCGCGGAUGACGGAGGUGGUGUUUCGUCUUGCUUUGUUGCACUCAAGCGGAAACCAUUUCAACGUAGUCUCGUAUUCGCUGCUCCUAGAUACUCUGUGUUACCUUCUCGAUGCUUACCCCGUAGAUUUGCGCUCUCAGACGGUGGAUCUGUUCCGUCUCUAUCCCCAGAUUUCUCUUUCUGAUCUGCCCCCGGAUAUGCCGCCCCCGUUCCGUGUCAGGGUCCGCAGCCUCCUGCCCUACGUGAACCUGGCCGGACCAGUGGAGAACCUCGCGUACGCGUCCGCAGAGCCCUCUGGUUCAGGAGACGUACCUGAAUCACAGCUGGUGCCCGUGCAGAACAGGCCCUGGGAAUGGGUCGAGUACCUCGGCGAUCCGAUUACUCUGGACCCCAAAGAGGAAGAGAAAGAAAAGCAGGAGAGGGAGAGGCUAAGGGCGCGGCAGCUUGUGAAGAACACUACGUCGCUGUCCCUAGAACUAUUCGGGACGCAAGUGACGUCGGACAGAGCAGUUCACGUCAACGACGCGGACUCGCGCUUGGAGGGCGAUUUGAGGUCAUUCCAGGAUGGGCUGUGGGGCGAGAGCAUAUUCAAGCGCGACUGGCGGGAGAGUCGGGUGCAGCUCGUCGGUUCUGGGGCCGGACGGAGCAAGAGCGAGGAGGACGAGGACGGCACUGCUGCUGCAGGUAUGACUUCGAGCUUGCACGUGAGCGAGAAGCGAAAGCAGGGAUCAAGAAAGCCGUCGCCCGCGUCGUCCGUCGUGUCGCGGUCGUCUGCGCACCCGAGUCACCAUUCGGGGUCGCGUUCUACGACGCCGACUCGCCGGUCUGUGGUGGGAUCCUCGAUGAGCGAGCCGAUUGACGUGGAUAGCGUCGCUGUGUCUGUCGGCGCUUCGAAAAGGGCGAGAGACCAGGACGGUGAUGAUGAGGUUGAGAUUUUGGAUACGGUGCCUUCGGGCUCGAAGGCUAAGAAGGCGAGGAAGACAACUGGGAGGAAGUCGGGGAAGAAGAAGUCUUAGGUGAUGAGAGGUGGCUAUCGGUGUUGCGAGUGACCACACAUUGACCGUUAUAAAGAACUCACUUUGUUUGCCUGCAUGUCGACAUAACGUUGUAUAUUUUCGAGCAUAUAUUGGUGGGAUCCCGCAUUUAGGUUUGCAUCAACUUGGCCGGGCGUACUCAUCGGCGAUUGGGGAGUUGCGGAAUCUCCCAUGGCGUGGAGACUAUACGUGUUCAUAUCGUCGGAAGGCCAAUACUUAUGCAAGCUUGCUAACAGACUCUUCAGGGUCAGGUACGGGACUCGUCAUUACGACCUCACAGCUGUC